AUGGCGGCCUCUGGUGAUGUCGCGGACGCACCUGGUGCAGGCGGGGGCGGGGGCGGCGUCGCCGGCGGUGGUGUGCCGGUACCAGGAGGAGGAGACAAGGAGUGGAAGGAGCCGACGUGCGCGGUGUGCCUGGCCGACUUCGACGACGGCGAGCCCGUGCGGGUGCUGCCGGAGUGCCUGCACUACUUCCACGCCGAGUGCAUCGGCACAUGGCUACGAGGGAGCACCAGCUGCCCGAUGUGCCGCGCCGAGACCACGCCCACGCCGAGCCCAGCGUCGAUGCACCACCACCACCACCAUCGCCUCGAGCUCUCCGUCUCCCUCGAGGAGAUCCUCGUACGCACGUAG